UCUCCUCUUUUGUUAGUCUUCCCCCGCACUUGUUGACCGCCACAAACACCCGCAAAGGCUCCAAUGCUCCCCCAUGAAAGCUCUUCAGGUCCAGCUAUUGAGAUCCACCAUAGCAUCAUGACCAUCAGCGACAUGCGCACCAGUAGCAAAGCAACCUUGUGAGAAUGUAACCAUGCUUUGUGUCCUCGCGCCAUCACGCAUUACACAGUAAAGAUGUGGUUAUAUCUCCUCCAGAUUGUGCUUGCUUCCAGCAUCGUCGUGCCGGCUCUGUGCCAGAACAGCUCCAUCAAUUCGACAGGUCCAGCCAAUCCUUUUCAGGUAUAUACCUUGACGGCUCAAAACAUAACAGCCAAGUUCAUUCCCUAUGGUGCACGCAUCACCUCGUUGCUGGUUCAGGACCGCAAUGGCAACUAUCAGGAUGUGGUGACAGGAUACGACGACCCGACCCAAUACCUCAGAGACACAGAGACUAACCACACCUACUUCGGUCCAGUCGUAGGUCGCUACGCCAAUCGUAUCAGGAACAGUACAUUCCAACUGAAUGGACAAACUUACCACAUACCCGCCAACGAGAACAAUGGCGAGGAUACUCUGCACGGUGGCACUGUUGGCUACGAUCAGCGCAAUUGGACUGUGGUCACCUCCUCAAACUCGAGCAUUACUUUCGGGCUACUCGACACAGCUUUCGAAGGAUUCCCAGGCACAGUCUUGACCACUGCUACCUUCACUUUAUCGACAUAUCCCAGCGGACCUCAGGGACAGCUGCGUCCACGCUUCACCAGCAAGAUGGUCUCAACAGCCCUGGACCAAGCUACACCAAUCAUGCUCGCCAACCACAUCUAUUGGAAUUUGAAUGCGUACAAACAGGCAACUAUCUUAAACGACACCACGCUGUGGAUGCCGUAUGCUGAUCGGUACAUUGUCAUUGACUCGAUCGAGAUUCCCACUGGCGCGCUGGGAUCGGUAUCGGCUUUGCCAAACCUGGACUUCACUUCGCCGAAGCUUGUCGGCACGGCAGUGAGCAACGCGACCGGCGUAUGCGGCGCAGGAUGUACAGGGAUCGAUAAUGCCUUCAUUCUUGAUAGGCCUGCCGAUGCUGGUCCGACAUCGUCCAACUAUCCUGUGCUUUCUCUGUGGUCGACGACCACGGGCAUUCAAAUGGAUGUGUCCACGAACCAGCAAGGACUGCAGAUUUAUACCUGCAACGGGCAAAAUGGAACGAUUCCAGUCAAGCAGAGCCAACAGCAGCGAAACAAUGGUACAAGCGGCGCAACGGGAUUUGUCAACAAGUAUGGAUGCAUGGUGAUCGAAACGCAAGCCUGGAUUGACGGCAUCAACCAUCCAGAAUGGGGAGUUGGUCAAUACGAGGUUUUCUCACCCACGACUGGGCCAGCAGUCAAUUAUGCCACGUAUGAUUUCUCGACAUUUUGAGAAGGUUCUGCAGCGGUGAUGGACCAUAAAAUUCUGCUAAUAUCUAAUGAGCGCAAAGCACAAGGCUGCGACGCAUUGUGUCAGCCAAUCAGCGGCUUGGAUAUCCACGUCAUAGUAAACAAACAAUCGAAACAAUUGCUUCGCUUGAGAAGAACCGAA